AUGUCGAAAACAAAAUCUAAAAAGUCAAGAAAAUCUGAAUCGGAAGAAUCUUGUGAUGAAAACAGUACCAGUUCAUCGGAAUCAUCAGAUCAAGAAGAGGAACAGCUAAAGAAGAAAAGUAAGCACAAGGACAAGAAGAAGAAGACCAAAUCAUCCAAGAAAAAACACAAGUCCAAGUCGGAUUCUGAAAGUGACUCCUCAUCGUCGUCCGAGUCCUCAUCGGAGAAAGAAGAAAGAAACGCCACAAGAAAGAAAUCGAAAUCAAGCGAAGAUAAGAAAGAAGCAUUUCAACCAAAACGCGAGAGAAGGGAUAAAUCAUUGAGUCGUGAGCGAGAAAAAGACUUACGGUCCAAAUGGGAAAGCCCCAAAAGAAGUUACAGAAGGAGUCGGAGUCGUGAGAGAAGUCGAAGCCGGCAUAGAGACAGAUCUCAGGAAAGGGAUCGCAAUCGUUCCAGCAGAGACCACAGAGACAGACUUGACGUUAAAAGAGAAAGAGACGAACGCAGGGAUUUCAAACGUGAACAUGAAGGUGGAAACAGGUCCAACUACGAUAGAAGAGAACGUAGCCCCCAUCGAGAAAGAGAGAGAUCAAGAGAUAGGGGUUUUAAGCGAGAACCUCGCGGCACAGACAAUCGAUUUAAGAAUCGCCGAAGGGACGACGAUGACAAUAACUAUGAAUGGGGAAAAGCAUCAGAGGACAAAAAGUCCGAAGUGAAACAAGAGCCAGCAGAAAAAGAAAAACCUAACUUUGGACUUAGUGGAGCCCUUACUGAGGACACGAAUAAAGUCAAUGGUGUUGUCAUCAAAUACGCUGAACCCCUGGAAGCCAGAAAACCUAAAAGACGUUGGCGUUUAUAUCCGUUCAAAGGCGAAACAGCCCUACCCGUAUUACACAUACACAGACAAUCGUGUUUCCUGGUGGGGAGAGAUCGGAAAGUGGUUGACCUGCCCGUUGACCAUCCCAGUUGUUCAAAACAACAUGCCGCACUUCAGUACAGACUGGUGCCAUUUGAACGCGAAGACGGCACAUCUGGUAAACGGGUACGCCUCUACCUGAUCGAUUUAGAUUCAGCCAAUGGAACAUUUUUAAACAACAAACGCAUAGAGCCACGCAAAUACUACGAGCUAAUGGAGAAGGAUGUUAUCAAGUUUGGCUUCAGUACACGUGAAUAUGUCUUGUUGCAUGAAAACAGUAAAGAAGAUCAAGAGGACGACGAUAUCGAAAUUAAGGAGGAAAAUUGAAACAA